AAACAGGAAGGGAACAAAAUAUUAAAAAAAAAAAAAAAUGUCUAGGGGCACAUCAGCUCUAUUCCGGGUCGCGCUGAUUCUGCUGGCCCUGUUCAUAGCUUCGAGUUUGACCCCAAAAACCGAAGCAGCAGACGAGAUCACGAAUGCGAUAACGAAUGUAGCUAAUAUUUUGGGAACGGUGGAUAUGAACAACGUUGGAGAAGUUGCAGCUCCCUUGUUGAAGGACGUGGAUGGUUGUAAGCUGAGAAAAACCCUUGAAGAUUUGGAUGCCGCCAUCCAGCUCUUGGCCUCGCAACUCCCUGAGAAUGGUAACUGCAGUAUUAACGCCGACACCAUCAACUCAGUUGUUAGUCUUGCCAAAAGUUUGAUCCCGGCUCCAGCUGCGGGUGGUAAUUAAUGUAUGAGUGCGGAUUUUUACGUGUAUGAAUCCAGCCGUCUGUGAGAAUCCUUUGUUUUCAGUUCUCAUGUUACAGUGUUAAUUUUGUGUUGUUUUACGUCUUGUAUUUGAUUUUUUACAUCGUUUGUUAAAGGGCCUUUUGCCCGCCUUUAUGAAUAUUUCAC